AUGCCCCGCACCGACGAAGCAACCUCCUUCUACCACUCCGUCUACAGCGCCAUCCAAGAGAUUCCACAUGGAAAAGUGACGACAUACGGACAUAUCGCGCGGCUAAUCGGGACACCAAACCGCCCCCGCCAAGUAGGAAUCUGUCUUAAGCAUCUUCCCAAUUCCCCCUCCACAUCCUCUCCCACCCCCACCCCCACCCACCUCUUCCACAACGGCAACGUACCCUGGCAACGAGUGAUUAAUGCAAAAGGGGGGAUAAGUCCACGAAGCCACCCCUCCGGCGCCCAAAACCAAGCCGCCAUACUACGAAGUGAAGGUAUCGAAGUAACGAUUGGUUCGCUAAACACUCUCCUCAUUUCCCUACCCACCUACGGCUGGUUUCCGCGUCAGCUACCUAGUGAAGAAGCGGCCGGGUUAGAUCCACCUAUUAAUUCGGAUUCGGAUUCGGAUUCUGAAGGUGGCGGUGGAGGUGAUGGUGCGGAAGAAUGA